UCCGCAUACAAAGCUCCUCACACCAAGGAUAAAUCUGGCAAAAUCAGGACUCCACCUCCUUUCUCAACUCUUCCAUUCGCUUUCUCUCUCUUAAACGUCUUGCUGUUCAUUCGCACUGAGAAAACCCUAAAAAAGAACCCAAAAUCGACGAGAUCGGAAGCAAGCAAAACCCUCCCCAUAGCCCUCCGAGCAAUUGCAGAGCUUGAGAUUCUUCCAAAUUCUCCGAAAAUACGAGCACGGCUAGCUAUGGUGGACCUCCCUGCGGAGGUUGUCACCGACAUACUCUCUCGCCUCUCGGCGAAACAACUGCUCCGUUUCAGGUGCGUUUCUAAGCCAUGGCGGACCUUAAUCGACAGCAUGGAUUUCAUCCAUUUGCAUCUCCAGAACAGCUUGGAAAACAAAUCCCAUUUCGGGCUAAUAAUCAGGAAAGAUUUCCAGCUCUAUUGCGUCGAUUUCGAUUCGCUCGAAGACGUUGCCGAGCUCACCCACCCUCUCAUGUGUUACAACAAUCGGAUUCGGAUCCUUGGCACCUGCAACGGCUUGCUUUGCAUCUGCAACGUGGCGGGAGACGUAGCUCUCUGGAACCCAUCGACGAAAAAGCAUAGGGUUUUGCCCUUUUUGCCCACCGGGUCAAAUCGCGAACCGAAUAGGUAUUUCUGCGGUGCUAGAGUUUACGGGUUCGGGUACGAACCCGUACUUGAUGACUAUAAAUUGGUGAGCAUUUCGCAGUUUAUCGGUUUAGAUUACCAGUCAUUCGAAUCUGAGGUAAAAGUUUAUAGCUUGAGGACAAAUGCGUGGAAGGAGAUCGAAUCUAUGCCUUAUGUGCUGUGCUAUACUGGCAAAAUGGGUAUUCUCGUUAACAAUUAUUUGCAUUGGGUUGUGACCCGGAAGCUAGAACCCGAAGAGACCGAAUUGAUUGUUGGUUUUGAUAUGGGAACAGAGAGAUUUCAGGAGGUACCAAUACCUGAUAAUGUGAACCAUCACUUUGAAAUGGAAGUUGGGGUUAUAGAGAAUAACCUCUGUAUUGUUGCUAAUUAUCAAGAAGAAGGUGAUUUUGAGGUUUGGGUGAUGAAGGAAUAUGGGGUUAAAGAGUCUUGGACUAGGCUGUUUAAGAUUGCACAUACCCGUGGGACAAUAAAAAAUGUUAUGCCUCUGGCUUAUUCGAAAGCGGGUCAAGAAGUUCUUUUUGAGCAAGACCAUGAAAAGCUGGUUUGGUAUGAUUUGAAAAGUCAGAGACUAAAGGUUGUUAGGCUUCGAGGUAUGCCUCGUCCUUUUGAGGCCAUGGUAUUUGUAGGAAGCCUUGCUCCUCUCACGGUUGGUAAUAGGGGUAAGAAUUGGAAGAACCGUGAAUCCCGAGACGACAAGAACAAGAAAAGGGAUGAUUUCCUAUCGGAGGGCUUCAAGUUGGUGCUUUAGGCAAAACAACCAGACGUGUUAGAUUAGAAGCAAGGUUGGAGAAAGGGAUCAAGACGAAGCAUACUUGAGACACGGCGGAGAAAAGUUUGUAAAAAUGGAAGUUAUUUAAGUUAAUGCAGCAGGACUGGAUAUUAUCAACGUGGGUUACUAAUUUAACAUCGUGGUAAGGCACCCUUUUUGUUUUCUUGCAGGGAUGAAGACGAAGAAUAUACUUGAGAGACAGCAGAGAAAAGUUUGUAAAAAUGGAAGUUAAAGUUGAAAACAUAAACACCAUGACGAAUUUCAAAUAGGUUGUUUCAAAUUUCGUAUUCGAAUUUUGGCACCCUUUUUGUUUUCUUGCACAGAUGAAGAUGAAGGGAUACCUGAUAGACAUUAGAGAAGAGCUUGUAAAAUGGAAGUAAAAUAAGUUGAAAACAUAAACACCGUGACAUGUUUCAAAAACGUUGUUAUACUUGAUACAGGUUUUUGUCUGAUCAUCAUCGCAUGUCGAUGUCGAUAUGACCCUUCUGUAAGAUAUCGCAGAUGUAACAUUUUGCUUGCUUUUUGAAACUUUCUUUUAAACACUCUGACCAUCUGUGGAGUCUUAUGUUUUGUUUGACUUUAUUAUACCCAUUGUUGAUACCUUUCCAUUGAAAUUCCAAUUUUGUUUGACUCGAAGAUAGCAAUAUCUUCUACUUAAGGUACUA